CGAGUAUGUGAGUCGCAAGGGGAGCUCACAGGGGCCCAGCCCGAAGCCCAGCCUUGCUAACCUGCCGGCGCCAGUCCGCUACCGGGUCCGACACAGGUGAGUCGUGGGAAGGCUGGGUGUGUGUGCAUCUGCUGCCGCUCGCGGGCUGAUGUGUUGGACUCGAGGGCGGUCAUCGUCGACCUCGACGCCCGAGCGUGAGAAUGGCCGUCCCCACACCCGCUCCCGCCGGCAGCGCCCAAGGCGCCGGCUCGCACGCCACGACUCCCAUACCUCGGGCCGGACAUCUCGCCUGCGCCCAGCGCGCAGCUCUUCUGCAGGUCGCCACAAAUGCUGCUCCUGCCAGGGGCUGCGAGAGAGAAGGAAAGAAGGGCAGUUUCCCCCACGGCGCAACCGGACAGCCCGGACAUCCUGCGGCCGGCAUCCGGGGAGCAAUCAAGUUGGUGCGGCGCGCGAAUGCGACGCAGGAUAUGUCCGAGGGAGCUGUGCUGCGCGCGCUUCGGCGCCGCCUCUUACGCGGCCGUGCGGCCCUUUCGCAGCCACGCCGCUCCGUUCCUGCGCAGGGUGCAUGAGGAGAGGAGCGGCGGGCGCGCGGGCCUCGCUGUCAGUGUCAGCUGCUGCCACGCGUCGCGACGCGGGCGCCGGCGCCGCUGCCGUGUCCUCCACGGCCUGCAGUCGCAAGCCACAUCUGCGCGUCCCGCAGCACGCAGCGUGCAGCACCAUGCGCAGCGGCGGCGGCCACCUGCUCGGCUCAGCGAGCGCCUCGGCGUCGGCCUCCGUCCCGGGCUGCCUUCAUGUCGAGCGGUGCCCAGGACGGCAACCCAGCGCCCUUCGAUGUCACGCAGCUGCUGUCCGUGCACAGACUGCAGCCGUUUCGAGCGCCGGCGAGUCAAGCCUUGCGCUUCCCCCGGUCCCGGCGUCGGGAAGUAAAAUCUGUCCGCAGCCCAGCGCUCGGCUCCGUCUGUGGUGCCAGACCCCGAUGAGCGGCAGCUCGCCGUCUGCUGCCGCCCUGCCGCUCUGCCAUGGACGAGCACGCACUUGCGGUUGCCGACGGGAAAAGUGCGACACGGCAGCGGCGGACAUGCGACCGCGUCCCGCCUGCGGCUGAGUCCGCUGUCGAGCAGCAGCACCGCGACAGCCACGACGUUGCCCCUUGCCUGUCAUCGAGGGCGCAGGCAUCGUCGGCGAUACU